AUGUUUUCACCAGGUUUCCGUUGUAUUCACAGAAAUUCAUUCCAGGUGGAAGCUCAAUCUUCGAUUAUAGCGCCAAGUUUGGAUUACACUGUGAAUGGAAAUAAUCUAGAAUACAUGAUAAGCAGCUAUUCCAGCACGAUCUCUUCCAGUCCUACGAUUACAUCCACUGGAAGUGAGCUGCGACCAAGCACCGAGCAGCUACAGCAGCAACAACAAUAUACACGGCAAAAUGUUGGUGCUAACAGCGGCCUAGGCACGGAUCGAGCAGUUGUUGCCGCUGGCAAAGAGGUACCGCAGAUGUCCUGGUGA